GUGCGGCGCCUCGUCAAGAUCCUGCUGCUGGGCGCGGGCGAGAGCGGCAAGUCCACCUUCCUCAAGCAGAUGCGCAUCAUCCACGGCCGCGAGUUCGACCAGAAGGCGCUGCUCGACUUCCGAGCCACCAUCUACGAGAACAUCCUCAAGGGUUGCAGGGUUUUGGUUGAUGCCCGGGACAAACUAGGAAUCCCUUGGCAGUACACGGAGAAUGAGAAGCAUGGAAUGUUUUUGAUGGCUUUUGAGAACAAAGCUGGAAUGCCCGUAGAGCCUGCCAUGUUCCAGUUGUAUGUACCUGCACUGAGCGCACUGUGGAGGGAUUCUGGGAUCAAGGAAGCUUUUAGCCGCCGAAGCGAGUAUCAGUUGGGUGAAUCGGUGAAAUACUUCCUGGAUAAUCUGGAUCGGAUUGGCCAGCUGAAUUAUUUACCAAGCAAGCAAGAUAUUUUGCUGGCUAGGAAAGCUACCAAGGGAAUUGUAGAGCACGACUUCAUCAUUAAAAAAAUACCUUUCAAGAUGGUGGAUGUGGGUGGACAAAGGUCUCAGCGGCAGAAGUGGUUCCAGUGUUUUGAUGGUAUAACUUCAAUUCUGUUCAUGGUCUCCUCUAGUGAAUAUGAUCAAGUUCUCAUGGAAGACAGGCGCACAAACAGACUGGUGGAGUCCAUGAACAUCUUCGAGACAAUAGUCAAUAACAAGCUGUUCUUUAAUGUUUCUAUCAUCCUGUUCCUCAAUAAAAUGGAUCUUCUUGUAGAGAAGGUAAAGACUGUCAGCAUUAAGAAGCAUUUCUCGGACUUCAGGGGUGAUCCUCACCGGCUAGAAGAUGUUCAACGUUACCUGGUGCAGUGUUUUGACAGAAAAAGGCGAAACCGCAGUAAGCCACUCUUCCAUCACUUCACCACUGCCAUAGACACUGAAAACAUCCGCUUUGUGUUUCAUGCUGUGAAGGACACAAUCCUUCAAGAGAAUCUGAAGGAUAUCAUGUUGCAGUGAAAGAGUGCAGCCUUGUUUUAUUGCAGUCUACCAGAGUUAUAGCUCAAAGUUGGGUUUUUUUGUUCUGUUUUUGUUUUUAUCUUCGUGGCCCUUGCGUGUGGUUUAAGACCCAUGCUAUUUACUUGGCUCAGGAAUGCUGUAAAUUAGCCAGUCCGAACAGGCGCUAUAGGCAGAAGAAAUCAAAUAAUCUUAGCUACUGAAUCAUUUGAACUAAUGACACUACUGAAAAGUGGCCAUUGUAGGUUUGAUGCCCAGUUGGAAUACUGAAUAACAGUUACCUUCUGCCUUUAUAGAAUCAUCUAAUUUCUUUGACAAACCAUGUAAGGAAGACACUUUUUAAUGGAAAUUACUCUGUAAGGACAGUAGCCAUACAAACUGCCUUUCUCUGUAGUUAGAAGGUGCUGAAUUCAUCGGUCUGAUGUAAAUCAUAACAAGAUUGGUAGUUGUAUUGAAAAAUAAGCAGCAAGUUGAUCAAAAUUUUACACCCAAUCCUUAAACACAUAACCGGAUCUGAAUGCGUAUGCAGUGUUUGCCAAGGAUCUGGAGUCCCUUUGCCAAGGUGGAUGCACACGUCUUGUCUGAAGAUCUCGCAUCUGUAUCCAAAAACAAAAGUCUAGGACUGUGUAAAGGAAAGCCAGCAGGCAAGUUUGGGGUCAAAUGAAGAACUAAGGCCUGGCUGAUGUGGACAAAGUUUUAUUUUGCACUACGUGUACUGUGUUUUACAUCUAUUGGGAAACUGACUUCAGUAGUACAGCUUUGAGGCCUCUACUAGAAUAUUUGACCACACAACUGCACUUAGUGGGUGCUCUAGUUCAGUGUUGAAUUUCUAGAAAUUUCACUUUUCUCUCACCUGCAGUUAGCAGUAUUUGUAAAGCUCCCAUCUCAGAUGGCAGGGCUUUAUCUCUCUUCAAAGUAUGGCAGCUGAUUUAAGCUUUGCAAAAAAAAAUGGUUUUGGUAGUACA